UAACUGAUCAACAAGAAACAACGAGUCCUUACAUCUACUAGACAAACGCAGCCCUUUUGAUUCGGUAUAGCGUCCUUGAACAAAGAAAAAACGCAACAUAUCUUCGCUCCCUCUCUUACCCCACCGUUGAAAAAGGUACUCAUGCACCUUCUCUCGCUCCCUAUCUACGGGCAUAAUCUCUGUCUCUCCCCUCGCUCCGAUUGGCAAUUCCAUGUAUGAGCUUCACUGUUUCUGAAUUUGUUAACUAUCCUCUAUCUUUUUUGUCUCAUAUGGGUAUUGAACAAUCUGGUUCUUGAAUUUGAGAGCCUAAAUUAUCGAAAAAGGUAUUUGUUUGACUAAUUACAUCUUCUCUUAUUGAUUUGCCGGUCUUUUCCUAUUAUUUUUCCUCUGCUUAUUGGAAUGCGAUCGUCUGAGCCGAGAGUAGAGUGUUUUUUUAUCUCAAAGUUUUGAAUUUUAUGUAGCAAUUAUAUCCUCCAACGAUUUGAAUAACAUUAAAGGAAGAUAAAAAAUUUAUCUAUAUUUUUUUCUACCCAAAAAAUGAAAUAACAUUUUUUAAUUAUUAAGGCAUCUCUAAUCUUGACUCUCCAAUGGGUAAGGAGGAUAAAUUCAAAUUUAAAAGAGUUUGAAGUAUGUACUGAAAUCUGACUAUUGGAGAUUUGAGGAAAGGUUUGAGUUUUCUUUAAUUUGAAUAAAAAUUUGAGUCUUCCUUUAUUCAUUUGAUAUUUGAUAUGAGUUUGUGUAAAAAGACUGGAGUUUAUUUUAGCCGAUUUUUACUUAAAUUUGAAUUUUAGUUAUGGUUUAAGUAAGGAUCAGAGAUGCUGUCCACGCAUUUUAUCGUUAGAAGUCUCUACUGUCGGUAAUUUAUCUGAGGAACUCACUCGUGAAGACUUACCACCUUAUGGGCAAUUCUUUUUGGUGUUGAUGUGGUUCUAUGGUAUAGGUUACAAAAAAUUUGUUAGGAAAUUGUUAACAAUGAAUUAAUAUGAUUUUGAUUUUAUUCUGGAAAAUUGUUUGCAUCAUGGUCAUCUUUUUAGGUUCUAUUUGCUUACUGAGAAACCAGAGCUCGUGGAAAGAAAUGAAAUAUUUGGUUUUUUAGCCCCACUUUUUUGAAAUCGUUGACGUAUUUGCUUGGUCAUAUGUGGGCAAAAACUUUUCCGGAAUUGUUCCACUUGAAUGGUAAUUUUGCACCAUAAUUUGACUUUGAGGAUAUUAUUGCGAACUUACUGGGGUAAAAUUUUCUGUAUGCUAGCUAUCUACGAUUGGCAGAAGUUGUUGCAAUGUAUGCAAGGACAUUAAAGAGUAGAAAUAAGAAAUGGAGUUCCAUAGUUCAGCCGUGCAACUUUUUGAUUAGUCCUAGUCACAGAGAUUACACUUGCUCUCGAGCUUUGAGUGGUACAUUAAUAGGACGGAAUGACAGUUCUCAAGCUAGUUUUAUCAGAAGUUAUAUGUUAUAUACUUUCUCAUCAAGUGGUGUCACCGCCGCUAGUAAACAUACAAGGCUGCAUGGAAGAUCUAAUGCCAGUUGGAAGAGUGGUCAGUUACGACCGUAUAGCUCAGAAGGGGAUGGAAGGAAUGCAAGUGACGAUAAACAAGUUCCGGUGAAAGAUGGGUCUAAUCCUGACAAGGGAAAGGUAAGGAGGGAAAAGGUAAAGGAAGACGUGAAGCAAUGUGAUGCACAUGCUCACCUCACUAAUCAAGAUCAAAAGGAAUGGCUCAAUAAUGAAAAACUGGCUAUUGAGAGUAAAAAGAAGGAAUCACCUUUUCUAUGUAGACGGGAAAGAUUCAAAAAUGAGUUCUUGCGGAGGAUCGUUCCAUGGGAAAAAUUAACAGUUUCAUGGGAAACGUUUCCUUACUACAUUCAUGAACACACCAAAAACCUUUUGGUGGAAUGUGCCGCUGCUCAUUUGAAGCAUAGGAAGUUUACUGCUGCUUAUGGUGCCCGUUUGACUUCUUCAAGUGGGAGAAUACUGCUUCAGAGCAUUCCAGGUACUGAGCUCUAUCGAGAAAGAUUGGUUAGAGCACUUGCACGAGAUUUACAAGUUCCUUUACUGGUGCUUGACAAUAGUGUUUUGUCUCCUUAUGAUUUUGGUGAAGAUUGCUCAUCUGAAAAUGAGUCAGAUGAUGAUAGUGCAGAGUCAGGUGUAGAGUGUAGUUUAGAGUCAGAGGUUGAAGAUGAGAACGAAGCGAGUAAUGAGGAAGAAUCGACUAGCAGUGGUGAGGCAAGAUCAGAUUGUAGUGACAAUGAUGAAGUCGAUGUUGAAGUCAGUGUUCAGGCAUCUGCAAAAUCCUUGAAGAAGCUUGUUCCCUACAACCUUGAAGAUUUUGAGAGGGUAAAGCUUGUGCGAAGCUUUUAAAUGCUUCUCAAUUUUUUGUAUAACAAUCCCAACUCUAUUAAGAUUAGGAAAGAAGGGGUUUAGUAAUUUGGAAAGUUAAUUAUUCUUGAUUGGCUUGUUAAAUAAUAUGAAAU